AAGAAACCACCUGCUAAAUUGGAUCAAGAUGAAACCUGAUGAUAUAAUCACAAUUACAAUGAUUACACCCAACAUCCUAGAAGAAACAACAAUGCUGAAAGAAGAACUAUUUCCUGCUACAACUAUAAAAAGGAAGGACACAUUGCUCAUGAAUACAGAAGUCCAUCAAAAGCCAAGGUAA